AGCUUCUGUCCGGUUGACUUCUCUCUGUCUUCUCCAACACAUGAAAACUGAGAGAUUCUCAACGUCUCACUGUGAUCGUAUUCUUCUAAUGGCUACCAGGGUCUGGGUUAUUCUUCUGCAAGUUAUCAUCGUCGGACUUGCUUGCACUUGCAGAGCUUCUGAAGAAUCUCUCAUAACUCGUAUCGCAUUUGGAUCGUGUGCAAACCAGAGCGCUCCGCAGCCCAUUUGGAAUGCAAUCAACGAAUUUGAUCCUCAGCUUUUUAUUUGGUUGGGGGACAAUAUUUAUGGAGACACUAGGCUCCCCUUUAAAAUAUUUGGAAAGGAGAGGACUAUUGGGCCAUGGAGGAAUACUCCUAGGUUCAUUCCUGUCUCUGAGGAGGAGCUGCAGUCCAGGUAUAAGAAUGCCAAAAAUAACCCAGGAUAUUCUCGUCUUCGAGAGAAAAUUCAGGUUAUUGGCACAUGGGAUGACCACGAUUAUGGUUUGAAUGAUGCAGGGAAGGAAUUUAGUGGGAAGAACAUUAGCCAGAAGCUUCUAUUAGAUUUUCUGGAUGAACCCCACGAUAGCCCACGGCGAAAGCAGGCUGGGGUAUAUGCAUCGUAUACAUUUGGCCCCAAGGAUAAACAAGUCAAGGUUAUUCUGUUAGAUACCAGAUACCAUAGAGACCCAUUGUUCAGUGAUGGAUGUAUUUUGGGUAGUUCCCAGUGGAGUUGGUUGGAGAAAGAGUUGAAUGGUCCAAAAACAGCACUUACCAUCAUUGGAUCUUCUAUUCAGGUCAUAUCAAAUCUUUCUGCAACAACUGGCCCAUUAUUUUAUCUGGAGUCCUGGGGGCGUUUUUCAAAAGAGAGGGAUCGUUUGCUUAAAUUGAUAUCAGACAGCAGGAGGUCUGGGGUUUUAUUCAUAAGUGGUGAUGUUCAUUUUGGAGAGGUCACACGUCUUGACUGUGCUUUGGAUUACCCACUCUAUGACAUAACUUCAAGUGGGCUUACUCAAGCUGUUGAAAAGGCCGUACCAUCAUCAUUGCAUUUCUUGGUGAGAGUUGUGGCUUGGUUGACCCCAACUACAAUGAGAGUUAUAAGCCCAAAUUGCCGAUACAAAUCAUGCACAUAUGGUCAGCCGAAUUUUGGGGCUAUUGAGAUAGAUUGGGUUGCUAAUCCAGUGACUUUGAAGGUUGAAGUGAGGGAUGUGAAUGGAGACCCUGUUAUAGGUGUUAAUAUAUCAAUGUCCGAGUUGCGAACAUUGAAUACAAAUCAUGUCACUGCCAUGACAACAGGAGAGAUUCAGCGGCAUUGUUCUCUUGAAGUCAACCUACCAUGGCUCAUCAGAUACCGUCUGGCUAUUCUCUUCUUUGGUGCCUUAGCUUUUUUGCUUCUUGCCCUUGUUUUUCUUAUUUGUGCAGCAGCAUCAGUUGGGAAAUAUUUCCUCUGUAAGCGCAAGCUUGAUUGAUGCACACAGUGGGGAAUCAUUGUGCAGUUUUGCUUUUUAACUGAUAUGCCAUGAACUCCUAACCAUGA